UGGUGUGAGGUGUGCGCUGCUCCAUGUUCAUGCCGGUGCUGUGAUUCGAGUGAAUGCCGUCAAUAUCAAGCCUUGAAAAUAAAAUCUUAUUUAUUUUUCUACCAAAGUAUAAAAUGACAGUUUUAAGUCAAAAUUCCAUCGUUCAUUACUGAUUUUAAAAUUGAAAAGUUGUGCAAAUAAUGCGAUUAGUAUUGAGAUUAUUUUGAAGGUAACUGUGAAAAGAAGGCAAAACAAUAUAUUAGAUCGGCAAUAGGGACAUUUAAGCCUAACACUCGUUAACUUUAGGGGAAUAAGUGAUGCUGAGGCUAUAAACUUCAGUCUUCGUUGAUCAAUUAUUUGAUCCCUAAAACUUAUAUUCAGCUUCAAUUUCAUCUAACCAAAGAAUUUCAACGCAAGCAACAGCACCAGGGUUUCACUAGGAACUGACACGAGGCAACCGACCAUCAAACAUGCGGUUACUGGUGUGUGUGCUGGCGCUGCUAGCGUACGAAUGUUUCGGAAUGUCCAAUCAUUCGAAAUUGCGGCGAUCAUUCGACAUGUCACGACGUCAUCGUCAACUCUUCGUCACCCUUCCCCCGUCGCUGUUGCCUCGGUCAGCACGAACGUCAGCUGAGGCAAUGCCAUCCACUGUCUUCUUGAGCUCAUCCUCAGGGCCCACGGAACCGGCGGUUACUGGAAAAUACGUUCCGGUUGUAGGGCAAACCAGCGUCACGAUGCAAGAAACGACGACUGGUCAGUUCGCAUCGGUCUCCUCCGCGAUGACCAGUACAACAGCAGGACUGCAGUCGUCCACUCAGGACAUAUCUGGGACCAACCUAGACUCGACGUCAACUGACGCAACCAUGGCAGAGACGCUCCCCAUGUUCGACGAUGGUGAUCGCCGGACUGAUCAGUCGCAAGAAUUCAAGAAGAAAAUCUGGAAGGAUCCUUCGGAUUUCAAGAAAACCAGAGACCAGGCAGUUGAGCACCGGAGGUCAAGCCCGGUCACCGAGUCAUCAACGUCGCUGUUCUCGUCCACGUAUUCCAUUUUGACCACUGCCAGCGAUACGAUGACAAGCCCUCUUGGACCAGCAUCUGAGAUCGGAAGUAACUCAAUUCUUGAUAAGAAGAAAGAAGUUAAAAACAAUCAUAAAAACGAAACCGAUCGUUCAGCCUUGAUCAGGCUGCCAUCAAGGGAUGGUCAGGUUAUUUUCCUUGCUGAUGAUCCUGAGGCCGCUGCAAAGAUCCCAGGCUUGCUAACGAAGCUUCAUGGUCAGCAAAUCUCGACAUCAGCGGACAUUUACCUCACAGGCACCGCCUCGACCUCAACGUCAAAUUUCCCAUCCAUCCGUGACGUGACCGCCGCUGACGUGGCCUUCCCUACAGCUGAUUUUCCUACGACCCUUGACGACGUCAGGACUGGUCUUGGCCGUACCGUGCACAUGCCUGGGCACGUUGCCUCGGCCGUACUUCAGGGCAGGGAAGAUAAACUCAACAAUGAGAUAGGCAGCGCCAGGUAUCAUGCCGGGCAACCGUACCGCUCAUCCUUCCCUAACCGUAAACCCUACCGGUCUCCUGGAAACUCGGAAGUCAGAAAAGAAGCGCUCGAUUUCCCGCCAUCGCCGUUUUCUCGGACGAGAAGCGACGGAGCGAUCGCUCGUCCUGCUCUCAACAUGACAAGAGUCACGCACAUCGAGGCGGAGUGUCAGGACGACUACAUGCGCAUCCACACGCAAUUCAACGGAUCCUUCACUGGGCUCAUCUACAGCGCAGGGUACGCGUACGACCGCGAGUGCAUAUACGUGAACGGAUCGGGCCGCCAUCUGUACGACUUCCACAUCCAACUGAACCGAUGCGGUACACUCGGAGGCAACGAGCGGGGCGACCUAGACGUCCGCGGCCGCCCCACGCAGAAAAACAUGAUGUGGAACACGCUGACGGUACAAUACAACCCCCUCAUUGAGGAAGAGUGGGACGAGCACUUCAAGGUGACGUGCGAGUACGGCUACGACUUCUGGAAGACUGUCACCUUCCCCUUUCUAGACGUCGAGGUGCAGACGGGUAACCCUGUAGUAUUUACCCUGACUCCUCCCGAGUGUCACAUGGAGAUCCGUUACGGCUACGGCACUACGGGUAACCGCAUCACGGGCCCUGUGAGGGUUGGGGACCCGCUAACCCUCGUCAUCUACAUGCGCUCCGAGCUGGACGGAUUUGACAUCGUCGUGAGUGACUGUUUCGCGCACAAUGGCGGCCACAAGAGGAUCAGCUUGAUAGAUCACUACGGUUGUCCGGUAGAUGAGAAGCUCAUCAGCCACUUCGAAGGCACGCGUUCGGACGAUGGUCACUUCGAGACUCAAGUGUAUGCCUUCAUGAAGACUUUCCGCUUCACGGGCUCCCCCGCCCUAUACAUCGAGUGCGACGUCCGCAUGUGCCACGGAGAGUGUCCGCCGCAGCCGUGCCACUGGAAGCGCAACAGCCGCGACCGACGCUCCGUGUCGUCGUCUUCUGACGCGCCUUCGUCAGGCAACGUCUCCGAGUCCCUGAACCUGUUCCAGGCCCUGCACGUCUUGAGGGACGACGAGCCUGCCGCCGGCCUCCCUCUUCUUAACCAGCUGGAAGGUUCGGUGUGCCUAAAAAACGGAACCUUUUCUGCGGCUGCAGGCGCAGUGACGGUGUUGCUGGGUCUGUUGACGGCAGCAUGUCUGGUGCUGUGCCUGCGGGCGCGUCGUGUCAAGAACCUGCAGCAGAUACCCCAGCACCCGUGCGUCGUGCCCGCCUACAAGAGCGACUUUGUGCCCCCCAGCAAGAGGCGGCUCCAGUGA